AUCAGUGAAUUUACAAAUUCUGAUCCAGUCUACAACUUCUCCCAAGUGAACGGUCAGUUGGUGGUGCAACGUGAGGGAGUCUACUACGUCUUUGCCCAAGUUUUUUUUGAAAAUUAUCCAGACGCUCCGUCAAUCUACCAUAACAGAGUGGAGCUUACUAUCAAUGAAAAACCCAUAGCGGUGUUACAAACACCCAUCGGCAACCAAGCUGAUUAUGGUUCAGAAUCCUCCGGCGCAGUUUUGAGGCUGAAAAAAGGUGAUCUCAUCGGCUUGAAGACCGUGUACCGAAGUGCCAUCUGGUUAACAAAACAUCAUACCUUCUUCGGCGCUUAUAGCAUCAAUUUGUGA